AUGAUUCGACUGGUGAAAUUUAAAGGUGUCACUCCACCGAAUGGUCGUGAACACUUCAUCGCUGCCGCAUUCCCGUCGGCAUGCGGUAAAACGAAUUUGGCAAUGCUUGAACCAACUCUACCUGGUUGGAAAGUGAGAUGUGUUGGUGAUGACAUAGCGUGGAUGCGAUUUGCUCCCGACGGAAAAUUGCACGGUAUUAAUCCGGAAUGUGGCUUCUUUGGUGUUGCACCCGGAACGUCGAUGAAGACGAAUCCAAUGGCGAUGAUGACGUUCCAAAAGAAUUCAAUAUUCACGAAUGUCGCCGAAACUGAGCACGGUGAAUACUAUUGGGAGGGACUCGAGGACGAAAUCAAGAAAUGGCACAUUGGUGAUCCAAAUGGACCAGCAGCACAUCCAAAUUCACGAUUUGCCGCUCCAGCCGGUCAAUGCCCAAUCAUCCAUCCAGCAUGGGAGUCACCUGAUGGAGUGCCCAUUGAGGCAUUCAUCUUUGGUGGACGAAGGCCAGAAGGUGUACCACUCGUCUACGAAACGUUCUCGUGGCUUCACGGAGUGUUCGUUGGAGCAUGCCUCAAGUCUGAGACAACUGCGGCAGCGGAGUUCAAAGGUAAAAGUGUUAUGCAUGAUCCGAUGGCAAUGCGACCGUUCAUGGGCUAUAACUUCGGUAAAUAUCUCCAGCACUGGAUCAGUUUGGAUAAACCACCACAUAAGGUGCCAAAAAUAUUCCACGUUAACUGGUUCCGCAAGAGCGCAGAUGGUAAAUUCCUCUGGCCCGGAUUCGGUGACAAUAUUCGUGUGUUGGAUUGGGUUAUCAAGAGACUCGAUGGUGUCCAGGGUACCGGGAAAAACACCGCUAUUGGUGUGGUACCAACUGAAGGUUCCAUUAACUUGAGCGGUCUUAAAGGAGUGAAAUUGGAUGAACUGAUGAGUGUACCGAAAGAUUAUUGGGUCGAUGAUGCGAAGGAAGUGCGACAUUUCAUUGAAGAACAGAUUGGACCCGAUCUUCCAAAGGAGAUUCGUGCGGAGAUGGAGGCGCAGGAGAAGCGAAUUGCCUCACUUUGA